UUAUACCCGUGAAUUCCCCGGUCCCUUUAACUUUUUGUCCUUCUAUGACAGCAAUUGCUCCGAACACCUACCAGAAUCUAUUCACCGGACAAUCAGAUGUGUUUCAAAAAUGCGAUGAAAACGUCGUUCUGCGACUAGCUAUGUCCAAUGCGGAUGACAAUACAGGCUUAACAUUCGUUCAGCAAGUUUGCCCCGCCGUCGUUAUCAAUCAGGAGAAUGCAAUAUCUUCUUCCGAUGGACUGACUGAAUUAAAGCCUUCUGAGUCCAUCAUUGAACGUGGGGAGCGUAGAUUUGCCUGCAUGUACUGCGCUAAGCUCUAUCACUCCGAGAGCAACCUUCAGGUCCAUCAGGACGUCGUUCACCGCGGUCUGCGACGGUUUCAAUGCGGUUUCUGUGGUAAAUCCUACGCAAAGAGUUUCCUCCUGAAAUCGCACAUCAAAAGUGUCCAUGAAAAUAUUCGUGACGUGACUUGCACUAUAUGCCAAAAGGCGUUUUCUAAGCGGUCUGUUAUGCGGCGUCACAUGAAAUCAGUGCAUGCAGAGAAGAAAGACUUCCACUGCACGCUGUGCCAAAAGCAAUUCACUGAGAAAAAGAAUUUGCAGAUGCACAUCAAUGCGUUGCAUAAAGGCCUUAGACCCCACCAAUGCGACAAUUGCUUAAAGGAGUUUGCGCGAAAAUGCGAUUUGCUUCGCCAUUCGAAUUCUGUACACCGAGAGUCCAAGCCAUAUAUGUGUCCCAUUUGUAACAAAGGUUUCCCGCAGAAGUGGUAUUUCGAGCGACACGUCGCAUCCGUCCAUAAAACCAUGCUUACUUCGCGACCGCAGUCCCAACCGCAGGAUUCGCAACAGCAACAUACACAACAAAUGCAACACAUCCAAUCGCAACAGCAACAACAACAGCAGCAACAGCCACAACAACAUUUGCAACCACAGACUCAUCAUAGCGUAAUAGCCCCGCAUCAACAUUUUACAUUUUUCCAACCUCAAGCUCAGAAUCAAACCAUGAACCUUCCCAUGGGCACAAUCAUUGCAGCGCCUGGUACCGCAACCACCGCAAUGCCUGCGGGAACCCAAGUCAUGAUGGUCGCUCCGGGUGUGAACAUGCCCAUGUCUACGUUUUUCUUUCAACCACAACAAAACAACCCAUUCGCUAACCAACCCAACGCCAUGGUCCAUCCAUCAGCGGUGUUACCCGCUGUUCCGACCACCCUAAUGCCGCCUAGCAGUGUCGCGAAUUCAACGCAGCUUAUCCAUUCAUCUUUUGGUCUUGCUCCCCUGUCUGUUAAUCACCUCAGUACGAAUCCAACACAACCCAAUCCCUCAGGAUCUCGCCCAACCAAGGAGUAUCCCUGCGCCACCUGCUCAAAAGUCUAUCCCCGACGACAGAGUUUGCAGGCCCACAUCAUCCAGGUGCAUACAGAUAAAAAGCCUUACGAAUGCCAUCUGUGCCGUAAGGGCUUUGUUCGCCGCUGGGAUUUCUAUCGGCAUGUGAACUCCGUACAUCAGGACAAUGCUACCAGCGCCAUAGAUCCGGACAAAACGGAAGAAUAUCUGGCAUGGAUGCGUGGACGACGCUCAUCAUUGGACAUUAGUUGGGAGUGCUUAAAUGCAGUGCGGCCCGAUCUUAUGCGUGUGAAGCCGGAGGAACCUUCUCAAUCGAUAUCUUCAUUAAUUCAUCAGUCACCACAGAUUCAACAACAAUCAGCACCACUUCUUCCACCGCAACAGCAACAACCUACACACUCCUCAGAAUCAGACCCACUGGACCAAUUUUCUACUCAAAGUGACUUAACUACCAUUGUUACGUCUGAUCUCAAUAGUCUGUAGUCCAGACGGCUUUUCGAUUGUCUGUGCUUUGUUCCUUUGAAAAGCAGAGUUGCCAUGUACAUAUUGCAAAGCUCCGUUGUACAUAUCCGAACUGGUCUUCAUCUCCUACCAUUUCUGACUGUCUACAUUCAUGACUUCUGCAGAGGUGUCUGUGAUGCUGCCCCAACUGACGCAGAUCGUUCGAUCCUGCUUCAAUUCACCUCGCUGCCUCUUCUUCCUCGGUUCGAUCGUCUGCGUGACCUGUUCCCCCCUGUCGUUGUCGAUCCCUCUUUCACUCAGAAUACUUUUGGGUUUCCUCAUUUAGAUACUCACACAUUUGGCCUAUUUGUAAAGAUCAAAUUCAAACUGCUCUCGUACUUAAUAUUUCUAUCAUGUGCGGAAUUCUUCUUAACUCAAGUCUAGAUGGAUUAUUGUUACAAUUACAAUAAAUACCAUUGAUCAAUUG